UUCGAUAUGUCCGCCGUGAUGGAUGAUUAUAUGUAUCCUUAAGCCCAUCGUCCUGUCGUAAGUCUUGUGUCAUCCUUGGGUAUCCUCGCCCGAUUCUCGCAAAAGUUUCCAGACCUCGAGUCUUAUGUUCCUCCCGGUAAGACGGAGCUUGGCCGCUGUCUUGGCUUGAUCAUUCUUCGAUAAGGUGAGCGAUCCGCGCAAGCCAAGCAUCCGCUUCAGCGCCAUUUGAACGUAGACCAUAGCGUCUCCUGUCCAAUUGAGUGCCCAGGUUGUCGCACGUCGUGUCCAUGAACGUCGCAAUGUCCCUCAAUUCUCUGUUGCCCCCCGCUGGCGUUGGCCGUCUAGGACUUGCCCUGACUUUGGAGUCCUGCGUGUCUCAACGCAAUAUCGAGAUGGCACAUCUUGAGGAAAAUCUGGCUGCUUGGCCAAGAUGGUCGCCGAGGUAUUUAAGAAGGCAGCCUGCGUCUACUUUUGGUCGAAGAUACUGCUGCACAAUCCUCGACACCGGCUAAAAUUCUUCUACGGUGACCUCAAUCACCAUGAAGGACAAUGCCACAGAACAGUACAGUCAGCCACUGAGCGAGCCAGCGCAUGCUCUUGAACGAGAGGCUGUUGUCACACAACUGAAAGCCGACCCAAGGCAGGGGCUUUCGAGUGCCGAAGCGAAAUCCCGGUUGGAGCAGUAUGGAAAGAAUGAGUUGGAUGAUGGCCCAGGCGUCCAGCCGUUCAAGAUAUUGCUUCGACAAGUGGCCAAUGCCAUGAUGUUGGUUCUCAUCAUGGCCAUGGUUGUCUCCUUUGCCAUCAAAUCAUGGAUCGAAGGCGGUGUUGUUUGUGGCGUCAUCAUCCUCAACAUUGUUGUUGGGUUCUUCCAAGAAUUCAACGCCGAGAAGACCAUGGACUCGUUGCGUUCCUUGAGUUCCCCUACAGCGAACGUAGUCCGCAACGGAGAAACUGUCAACAUUCCAACAGCCGAGUUGGUCCCUGGAGACCUGGUGGAGCUGAAACUGGGUGAUACAGUGCCUGCGGACAUUAGGCUAUUGGAAUCGCUCAACUUUGAAGUCGACGAAGCCCUUCUGACGGGAGAAUCCUUACCUGUUGCAAAGGAUGAAGAAGCUAUAUUUGACGCGGAAACGGGACCAGGCGAUCGUCUCAACGUGGCCUACUCCUCGUCAACAGUCACAAAGGGCCGCGCACGAGGUGUCGUAUACGCUACCGGGAUGCAUACUGAAAUUGGUGCUAUUGCCGCGGCUCUGCGCAAAGGGAGCUCCAAGGUCAGGCCUGUCAAGCACCGCCCAGAUGGCUCAGUGAACCCGUUCCGUUACGCUGAGUCCUGGUCGCUUACCUUCGCCGACGCCGUCGGCCGAUUUCUCGGUGUCAACGUGGGAACUCCCCUGCAGCGCAAGCUUUCUCGACUUGCAAUACUCCUUUUCGGCAUCGCAAUCGUCUGUGCCAUUAUUGUCGAGGCAGCCAACAACUUCUCCAGCAACAAUGAAGUCAUCAUCUACGCCGUCGCAACUGGCCUGUCAAUGAUUCCUGCCUCUUUGAUCGUGGUGUUGACCAUCACCAUGGCGGUGGGCACGAAAAGAAUGGUGAAGCGCAAUGUCAUUGUUCGCAAGAUGGACGCCCUGGAGGCAUUGGGCGGCGUGACCGACAUCUGCUCAGACAAGACAGGUACCCUCACUCAAGGCAAGAUGGUGGCCCGGAAGUGUUGGAUCCCUGCCCGAGGCGUCUAUUCGAUUGGAACGUCUAACGAACCAUUCAACCCUACAGUCGGUGACCUCGUCCAUACCCCGAAGGCACCUGAACAUCAUGACUCAUCUGAGGAGGAUGGCACCCCGUUGGCUUAUGACGAUGCGGUCGCGGAAAAUCCGCAUCUGACUUCAUUCUUGUGGAUUGCCUCACUUGCCAACCUGGCGCACGUGUACAAGAGCAAAGAAGAUGUGUGGCUCGCGCGCGGAGACCCGACCGAGAUUGCCCUGCAGGUGUUUGCGUCGCGGUUCGAUUUCAACCGGCACAAGUUCCUGGAAGGACCGAACCCACGGUUCAAGCAAGUCAGCGAAUACCCAUUCGAUUCCACGGUGAAGCGAAUGUCCGUCAUUUUCGAAGACACCGAGUCAGGUGAACAAUGGGUCUACACUAAGGGUGCGGUGGAACGAAUCCUUGAUUCGUGCGUCAGUGUCCAUUGGUCUCCUGACGACGAGUCUGAAGUCGAACUAGACGAUCACAAGAAACAGGUCAUUUUGGCGAGAAUGGAGGCGCUGGCGAGUGAAGGUCUACGUGUGCUGGCGCUUGCAAGCCGGUAUUAUGACCCACGCAGCGGAAGGAGAGCGAGCCGGGACGGACCACCACCUCGCGAGCACGUGGAAACCGGUCUUGUGUUCCGCGGACUCAUUGGGCUCUACGAUCCGCCUCGCCCAGAGUCGGCCGAUGCAGUAAAGCACUGCCACCGGGCAGGUAUCAAGGUACACAUGCUGACCGGCGAUCACCCUGGGACUGCCCGCGCCAUUGCGAUUCAGGUGGGCAUUCUGCCGGACAUGAACAAGGUCAGCGCGCCGGUGGCCCAAGCCAUGGUCAUGACGGCGGCCGAGUUCGAUCGCCAUACCGACGAACAGCUGGACCAGCUUCCAGAACUGCCGCUGGUGAUUGCGCGGUGUGCGCCCAACACAAAGGUGCGAAUGAUUGAAGCUCUCCGUCGACGCAAGGCGUUCAUGGCAAUGACCGGCGACGGCGUCAACGAUUCUCCAUCCCUGAAAAUUGCGGACGUCGGCAUCGCCAUGGGCCAGGCCGGGUCUGACGUCGCCAAAGACGCAUCGGACAUCGUACUGACAGACGACAACUUUGCAUCGAUCCUCAACGCAAUCGAAGAAGGACGACGCAUGUUUGACAACAUCAAGAAAUUCGUCCUUCACUUGCUCGCCGAGAACAUCGCACAAGCAUGCACGCUGCUCAUUGGUCUGGCGUUCAAGGACUCGACGAACCUAUCUGUGUUCCCCUUGGCGCCCGUCGAGAUUCUGUGGGUCAUCAUGAUCACGUCUGGCAUGCCGGAUAUGGGACUCGGGAUGGAAGUCGCGGCGCCGGAUAUUCUGGAGCGCCCGCCACAGAACCUGGAACGCGGCGUGUUUACGCUCGAAGUCAUGCUUGACAUGUUAGUCUAUGGACUUUGGAUGAGCGCGCUAUGCCUGAGUUCGUUCUUGCUUGUCGUGUACGGGUUCGGCGACGGGAAUUUAGGAUCAGGUUGCAACGACUCAUACUCUGCGCAGUGCGACACGGUCUUCCGCGCCCGCGCCACCACCUUUGUGAGUUUGACUUGGUUCGCCCUGUUUCUGGCCUGGGAAAUGGUCGACAUGCGCCGCAGUUUCUUCCGGAUGCAGCCCGGCAGCAAGCGCUAUUUCACGCAGUGGAUGUAUGAUGUGUGGCGCAACAAGUUUUUGUGCUGGUCCAUCAUCGCAGGGUUCGUCACUAUCUUCCCGACCCUGUAUAUCCCUGUCCUCAACCACGAUGUCUUCAAACACACGGGUAUCUCGUGGGAAUGGGGCAUUGUGUUUGUGGAAGCAUUUCUGUUCUUCCUUGGCGCCGAGGCGUGGAAAUGGGCGAAGCGGGUCUAUUUGCGUCGGAGGGCGCGGCGCAUGCAUGAGACCCCGGAUGAUUUGGAGAGAAGGGCGUUCGGUACCUUUUUGACUUUGGACAGCAAUGAGUCUUGGAGCGGGAGUGAGCGCGUGCAAGAGAAGGGAGAAGUUGGAAAAUCGGGAUGAUGGCCACGUUUCUGUGUCCUGAUGUAGACCGUGGAAUGACCUUAUGGCAUGAAUGUACAUGGAUAUACAUAGAUACUAGGUAUAAAUGAUAGAGUAUAUAGACACUGUACCUCAAUAGUGGAAUCGUCGUGGUUUUAGCAGA